GAAGCGCAGUCAAAAGAGGCUGCAGCAGACUGUAUACCCCCAUUACAAGCCUUAAUAAAAGAAGACAAUAGAAAAGGACACACCGCUUUUGUUAGUUCGCCAUGCACUCGUAUUUUGAACAUCUAGCGACGUCAGAUGCGUCCCCAGUGAUGGGAGAGCGCUGACUUUCUUGGGUUGAGUGGCUGAAGUCCAGCUCCAGUGUUGACAGAGUUCAUUCAGUUAUUGCAUGAUUAAUAGACGCGGCUUAGUGACUCCAGACGGAAGGGCGCAAACUUUGUUGACUUCGCGUAUUUUUUGCUCUUGGAAGUAGCUAUUAAAGACGUUCCUGGUGGUAUUUAAGUUCUUUAACAAGGUAAAAUCGCCUUAUUUAAUGUGAAAUGUGACGUUUUGAACGGGAAAAGUAAUGUUAGUAGAGUAAAAGUCGUCUCUGGUUCUUGUUUACGAGGCAAUUUAAGAGGUAGAAAAGGUAGUAUUCGUGUAGAAAACACUUUAGUAAAACAUUACCCGUUUCGUUGGGCUCUGAAAUGUCAUAUAAAUUAGUGUUUUGUACAGUACGGUGACAAUAGCGAUAGUGGACAAAGCUGGCCGUUUAAAGUACUGACGUGUCCUUUGGCGUGCGUGCGGUCAGUGCCAACGCUGGAGGGACACGCCUGUCGCCGUCGCCGUCGCCCCAGCAUCUUUAACCGGGAGUCAGCCGUCAACGCCACGUCAGAAUGUCAAGAGCCGACCGAAGACCCAAAGCUUUGCACGCCAAUAACGUGCUGCUGCUGUGUCUCUGCGGCGCGCUCUCGCUGGCCAUGAUUCUGGCGCUGUAUCUGUCUGCAGAGCCCGGCAGCACCCUACAGCAGCAUGCUGCACAUCUCAUCAGCGACAGGAAUGCUCAUAAGCCAAAUAAACACUCUGUGGCACAAAUAAAGAAGUUUGCAGCACAGGUGGACGGGCAUCGGCUCUGGGAGACUCACCUGCGGCCCCUGCUAAUUGAACGAGUGCCCGGGACUGCAGGCAGUCAGACCAUACGGCAGCAUAUCUUGUCCCAGCUGGAUUCACUGUCAGCAGGAUGGACACUGGAAGAGAAUUCCUUCGUUUCAUCCACCCCGCAGGGUAAAGUGACCUUCACCAAUGUGCUAGCAGUUCUGGACCCCACGGCUCCUCGCAGGCUGCUUCUAGCAUGCCACCAUGACUCAAAGAUCUUACCUGCAGACCCUAAAAACCCCAAGCGGGUGUUUGUGGGUGCCAGUGAUUCAGCCAUACCCUGUGCUAUGAUCUUGGAGCUGGCCACUGCUCUGGACACACAGCUUAAAGCUCUAAAACUGCAGAGGUCUGCUGUUACAUUGCAGUUGGUGUUUUUUGAUGGAGAGGAGGCUUUUGAGGAAUGGACAGAAACAGACUCUCUCUACGGUUCUCGUCAUCUGGCUGAACUUAUGACCCGUACUCCCCACCCUUCUGGAUCCACCAAAACCACUCUUCUCCAGGCAGUGGAUCUGUUAGUCCUGCUGGACCUGCUUGGUGGCCCAGAACCAUUGAUUGUCAAUCACUUUGAUAACACAGCCAGAUGGUUUGACCGACUGAUCACUGCAGAGAAGCGGCUCCACAAACAGGGUUUGUUGACAUCUCACCCAUCAGAACAGAGUUACUUCAGGAAAGAUUUUUAUCUUGGUCCCGUGCAGGAUGACCACAUUCCAUUUUUAAACAGAGGUCAGUAAACAGUCAGACAACAUAUGCUACUA